AUGGAAUUGAUAACCCCUUCACCUUCACAGGACUCCUGGCCCAUCUCUCGCCCGGAAGUUGUUCGAACAUCACAGGACGGAGAAGGUGAUAUAGGCCUUCGAUUUGAUCUUUCUGGUGUAGUUGGGCGGUGGAAAGCGACGUCAGACUGUUCCCAUGAUUCGUCGUCUUCCUCAACGAAGAAAAAUGAAUUCGACGACAGCGACGAAGCCGCUCUAUCCCGCGUCAUCUCCAAGCCUGACUUUUCCGAAAUGGGUAUAGUGGGGCAGUUUAAUCUCGGAUUCAUUGUGACCCGGAGACGGAAGAGUGAAGAUGGUAUGGAUGAUCUUUUCAUCGUGGAUCAGCAUGCUGCAGAUGAAAAAUACAACUUCGAAAUGCUUCAAGAAACGACGAUAAUUAGGUCUCAGAAAUUGUUUAGGCCUCAACCGCUAGAGCUCACAGCGGCUGAUGAACUUCUCGCGUUAGAACACCUGAACAUACUAAAACAAAACGGGUUCGAGGUUGAGGGAGACGACCGGUAUGAAGACGUGGAAGACGUAGGGGCUGGCUUGAAACUUCGUCUGACUGCACAACCUGUGAGCAAGAGCACAAUCUUCAAUAUGAAAGACCUCGAAGAACUUAUUCAUCUCAUGCACGAUCGUCCUUCAGGAACGAUGGUCCGCUGUUCCAAGGCACGAGCAAUGUUUGCUAUGCGAGCGUGUCGUAAGAGUGUUAUGGUCGGGAUGCCUCUCACGAAAGGCCAGAUGACGACUAUCGUACACCAUAUGGGCACGAUGGAUCAACCAUGGAAUUGUCCUCACGGACGACCUACGAUGCGACAUCUAUGUGACUUGGCACCAAAAGUCGAUGAGUGGGUAGCACGAGACUUGGGGAGGAAGAUCAAUUGGUCAACUCUCGUACCAUAG